GAGGAAGAUGAGGCUGAAGAUUGGGUUCAUCUUACGCAGUUUACUGGUGGUGGGAAGCUUCCUGGGGCUAGUAGUCCUCUGGUCUUCCCUGUCCCCGCGGCCGGACGACCCAAGCCCGCUGAGCAGGAUGAGGGAAGAGAGAGAUGUCAAUAACCCCAUGCCUAACCGAGGAGGCAAUGGAUUAGCUCCUGGGGAUGACAGGUUCAAACCUGUGGUACCAUGGCCCCAUGUUGAAGGAGUAGAAGUGGACUUAGAGUCUAUUAGAAGAAAAAACAAGGCGAAAAAUGAACAAGAGCGCCAUGCUGGAGGAGAUAACCAGAAAGACAUAAUGCAGAGGCAGUAUCUCACAUUUAAGCCUCAGACAUUCAGCUACCGAGAUCCUGUGCUACGUCCAGGGGUCCUCGGUAACUUUGAACCCAAAGAACCUGAGCCUCACGGAGUGGUUGGUGGCCCUGGAGAGAACGCCAAGCCAUUGGUUUUGGGACCAGAAUUCAAACAUGCAAUUCAAGCCAGCAUUAAAGAGUUUGGAUUUAACAUGGUGGCAAGUGACAUGAUCUCACUGGACCGCAGCGUCAAUGACUUGCGACAAGAAGAAUGCAAGUAUUGGCAUUAUGAUGAAAACCUGCUCACUUCCAGUGUUGUCAUUGUCUUCCAUAACGAAGGAUGGUCAACCCUCAUGAGAACGGUCCACAGUGUAAUUAAAAGGACUCCAAGGAAAUAUUUAGCAGAAAUUGUGUUAAUCGAUGAUUUCAGUAAUAAAGAACACUUAAAAGGAAAACUAGAUGACUAUCUUAAGCUGUGGAAUGGCUUAGUGAAGGUAUUCCGAAAUGAGAGAAGAGAAGGUUUGAUUCAAGCGCGAAGUAUUGGCGCGCAGAAAGCCAAACUUGGACAGGUUUUGAUCUACCUUGAUGCCCACUGUGAGGUGGCCGUGAACUGGUAUGCUCCGCUUGUAGCUCCCAUUUCUAAGGACAGAACCAUUUGCACUGUGCCGAUUAUAGAUGUCAUAAAUGGCAACACAUAUGAAAUCAUACCCCAAGGGGGUGGUGACGAAGAUGGGUAUGCCCGAGGAGCAUGGGAUUGGAGUAUGCUCUGGAAACGGGUGCCUCUGACCCCUCGAGAGAAGAGAAUGAGAAAGACAAAAACUGAACCAUAUCGGUCCCCUGCCAUGGCUGGUGGAUUAUUUGCCAUUGAACGAGAGUUCUUCUUCGAACUGGGUCUGUAUGAUCCAGGUCUCCAGAUCUGGGGUGGUGAAAACUUUGAGAUCUCAUACAAGAUAUGGCAGUGUGGUGGCAAGUUACUGUUUGUCCCCUGCUCUCGUGUCGGACACAUCUACCGUCUCGAGGGCUGGCAAGGAAAUCCUCCACCCAUUUAUGUCGGGUCUUCUCCGACUCUAAAGAAUUAUGUUAGAGUUGUAGAAGUUUGGUGGGAUGAAUACAAAGACUACUUCUAUGCUAGUCGUCCUGAAUCAAAGGCAUUACCAUUUGGAGAUAUAUCUGAGCUAAAGAAAUUUCGAGAAGAUCACAACUGCAAAAGUUUCAAAUGGUUCAUGGAAGAAAUAGCUUAUGACAUAACUUCACACUACCCUUUGCCACCCAAAAAUGUUGAAUGGGGAGAAAUCAGAGGGCUUGAGACUGUUUACUGCAUCGAUAGCAUGGGGAAGACAAACGGAGGCUUUGUUGAACUAGGACCCUGCCACAGGAUGGGAGGGAAUCAGCUUUUUCGAAUCAACGAAGCUAAUCAGCUCAUGCAGUAUGACCAGUGUCUGACAAAGGGGCCAGAUGGAUCGAAAGUUAUGAUCACACACUGUAAUCUGAAUGAGUUUAAGGAGUGGCAGUACUUCAAGAGCCUGCACAGAUUUACUCACAUUCCUUCAGGAAAGUGCUUAGAUCGUUCCGACGUCCUCCAUCAAGUGUUCAUCUCUGAUUGCGACUCCAGUAAAAUGACUCAAAAGUGGGAAAUGAACAACAUCCAUAGUGUUUAGAAAGAAUGAAAGAAACCAAUAACCUACCUACUGACACAUAAAUUUAUACAGGACUGAAAACCGCCUGAAACCUGCUGCAACUAUUAUUAACUCUGUACAGCUCCAAACCCAGAACCUCCGGAUCAGUUUGAAGGACGUUGAUAAACUGUGAUUUUACAAUAACAUUAUCAUCUGCAGUUACUGUUUACAAAACUGCUUUUACCUUAAACUUUGUAGAUGUUUACAUCUUUUUUUGUUUUGUUUUAAGAUGAUGUUGGUAAUUUGUGCGUUUAGCUCUGUUUUAUUUAGAACAGAGUUAAAAGCAUUGUUGUCUUCUUUGGGAUUACACUCAGGGGUCUGAAAGGCAGUUUGAUUUUAUCUUUUUUUUUAAAACACACUUGAAAAAAAGGUUGGAGUAACCAGACUUUCAUAUAUAACUUGGUGAUUAUCAACCUGUUGUGUCUUUAUUUAAUUUUACAUCUUUAUGAAGCACUGCCACAGGUUCUUAGCCAAGGUGGCCUUCCUUCACAGUCAUGCUGCUUUUUUGAAAGGUGAAUUUCAACACAUUUAGUGCCUCUUUCAUUUCUCAGUAUAUAUUUCAAGAGCUUUUGAUGAAAUUUAUAGGAUGGUAAUGAUGGAAUUGUCAUCUGGAUGAGGAAUACUUUCACUACUCAAAAAUGAAUUUAUGUGCUACCAUUUAUUCUGAAAUUGAAUGUUGUAUGGCUUGAAAAAGAAAAGACAGUAUAGAACAUCCAAGGCUAUUUCAUGAGUUGAAGAUUGGCAUUAAUUCCCUCACUCGCUGGCAUUCCCAGCGCUCUCUGUUGAUACUGACUCCUAAGAUAGCAAAGGGGGUCCACCAACCAGAGAAAAAUUAUCCACUGACAUCUGGGAUUUACUUUUCCCUAAUACCUGUCACUACAGAGAAUUAAUUCUCAGUUUUGAAAUCUUGAAGUGUGGGGGUAACAAAAACAACCAAAUACCACUGUAGACACAUCCAAGGUUCAUUCUAACCAAGGUAAGACUCUCCAAGCCCUUAUUUAAUUAAGCCUUAACAAACCUCCUGUGAGUUACAACCUAAGCUGUGGAACCGCUGAAGCAAAGAGUGAAUGGAUGUUUCUUGUAUCUCUUCAUCCAAAUGAAAUCCCCUGCACAUUUUUUUAAAUUAAAAAAAAAAAUGGCUAUUUAAAAAUACAGUUCAUUAACAAAUACGAACUUCUGUUAGGUUAGGUGUUAGUUCCCUAGUAUUUCUUAAUUUUUUUUUUUUAGAAAGCUUAUUUCUAUUAGUAUUUUUCCAGUGAAAAGAAGACUUGUUUGGAUUUCAACAUUAAGAUAGUACCUACUAUAGGAAAACAAAAUAGUGCAAGUGGUCAAUUAAAUUUUAAUUUCUAAAUAAUAGUCUUUUGUUACCCAAAAUAUUAAAAUGCUACACUGAGUGCAAAAAAAAAAAAAAGAAAAGAAAAAGAGAAAAAGAAAAGAAGAAAAAAGAAAAAAACUGAUGAAGUGGGGAAUGGCAAGUAAAUUACACAUUUUUGAUCCUGUAAUCAUGAUAUCAUUACAAUGAAAGGAAUUUCACAAACUACUGCCAGAGGGAACUAUUUUUAAUUAAAGCUUAAAAAAGGAAAGAAAAAAAAAUCUACAUUUGUUUAGAAGAAAAGCCUACAAAUUUGUUUCUUCCAAGCUUAGCUCUUAAAUUUGGAGAGUCAGAGUUAAACAUCCUGAACAGAGUUUUAUUUAUAAUUUUGAAUUGUCAAUUUAUAUUUUGCUACUGAUCUGUGAUCAACCAUUUUAACUUUCAUUCAUCUCUAGGGAUGUUUAAAAAGGAAUACAUUUAUAUAUGCUUAUACAACUGCAAAAUAAAUCAAUUAUAAAAAGGAAACUAAGAGAAUUGGUACUUUAAUUACUUGUGUCUUUGCAAAUAGGCUCCAUUUUCCUUGUUGAAUAGAUUAUAACCUUGUUAACUAUGCAUAGGCCUAAGAAAGGUGGCACAUAAAGUGUGCAUGUAAAUUUUAAAUGGGUAUUUUGUGCAAUUCGUUGAUACUCUAUGAAAAUGAUUCUACAUAUUGAAAUCGGAAACCUUACCAAACAUGAAAAACAUUAGAAGCUGCUGCCAUAUGACUAUUUUCUACUGUAGGCUGCUUUGGAAAUAAUUCCCAUAUCCUUGCUUUGUAAGUUGAUAAUAUCACUAUGCAUUUCUACACAUUUUAUAAAUUUGAUUUAUGCAGAUUUUGAUACACUGUAUGUUUCUGUAGAAAUUGUAUAAAUAUUCAAAUUUUAUUAGGGACAAAUUUGAGAAGUUUAUGUAUAUCUUAAUUCUGGGUUGCUUGUUUUUUAGGUGAGAAAAAAAAUAAAAUACUGUAUUUUAAUCCACGA